GUUAGCUCAUGUCAGUGGUCGGUGUCAGUAUUUAUGAAUAUAUGCAUUCAUGUAUCAAAAGUAAAAUUAUGAAUUGAAAAAACGUUUCACGUGAUUUAACUCUAUAAUCUGUAUGUGCAUGUAAAAACCACUUAACCUCAGGCGUGUGUGUGUGUGUGUGUGUGUGUGUGUGUCAGCUCAGUAAUAAUUAAUAGGAACCUUACCUGGCAGCAAUGAGAUAAAGAGGGGCACAUCUCCAUGACAACAACUCCCCAAACACACACACACACCUCCCGUUGGCUGAACAAGUGAAUGUGGAGUUAUCGUCGGAGGUGAAGCAUGCACAGGUCGUACCAGCCGCUGAAGCCCGUCACCAACCGAUACCUGCAGCAGAGAUGGGACCAGAACAACUACGACAACCACCGCAGGAAGGUGACCUCCGCUCUGCCAGUAGUGGACAACAAGGGCUCGAGGACACCAGCUCACGUCCAGCUCAAACUCAAGAAACUACAGCUGCAGGAUGAGCGUCUGUCAGUCAUCGACAGAGAUAAUCGCCUCCUGGCCUCCAAACUGUCCGACAUAGUUUGCUCUAAAGGCCUGGUGGAGCAUCAGAACCACUACCACCUGAGGAGCCUGAAUGUUAACAAGAGGAGGGAGGAGCUUCUUCUGGUCAGUCGUCAAAAUCAAGCCAUCUACCAGCGAAUCACGUCUCGCCAGUCAGAGUACCGCCGCCAGCUGUGGUUGGAUGACUGGGAGAGGGCGGAGCGUCGGCGGGACGAUAUUUCCCGAUACCCCCGAGGACUCGUGGAGAAACAGAAGUCGCUCAGGAAGGUGAAGUUUGCGGCUGUGAAUGGCAGCGAGCGCUCGACGAGCUGCAGCAACACCGACACAGACAAGACGGACAGGACGAGCCGAGACACCUGAAGCACCGACGAAAAUCUGACUCUGCAAAUAUGAAAUUAAAAACUCUA